CCUGUGGAACCUUAAUUUUCUCUCAUGGUCACUUUUGUAUUUUGCCUGUAGUCCUGAUUUAGCUUGACUCAAACAGUGCUUUACAACAUGUGCAGACUUUGGAGGAUAGCAGUUUUGCUCUGUGUCAAAUUGGUGGACACUGCGAAUGGAAAUACAGGACUCGUGCCGGAAAGAGGGACAGCAGCUUCCUCCUGCUAUGGAGGUUUUGACCUCUACUUUGUACUAGACAAAUCAGGAAGUGUGCAGCAUCACUGGAAUGAAAUAUAUAACUUUGUGGAACAUCUGGCCCAUAAGUUCAUAAGCCCUCAGCUGCGGAUGUCCUUCAUUGUGUUCUCCGAUCAGGGCAAGAUUUUAAUGCGGCUUACAGAAGACAGGGAACAAAUACGGAAAGGUUUGGAGGAACUCGAGAAAGUGCAGCCAGGUGGAGAUACUUUUAUGCAUGAAGGCAUUCAGCGGGCCAGCGAACAGAUUUACUAUGGUAACACUGAGGGAUACCGCACAGCCAGUGUGAUCAUCGCCCUCACAGAUGGAGAACUGCAUGAAGAUCUCUUCUAUUAUGCUGAGAGAGAGGCCAAUCGCUCUCGCAGCCUGGGUGCCUCUGUGUACUGCGUAGGAGUGAAGGAUUUCAAUGAGACUCAGCUGGCCAAGAUCGCUGACAGCAAAGAUCAUGUCUUUCCAGUAAAUGAUGGCUUUGAAGCUUUACAAAGUGUCAUUGGUUCGAUCUUGAAGAAAUCCUGCAUAGAGAUCCUUGCUGCAGAACCUUCCAGUAUCUGUGCUGGAGUUUUUGUUUCCUGUUUGUUUCCCUCCACGAUCAUGGAAAUCGCAGCUCGUUUCUCAGCCUUAGCCAGCAGAGAUCUUCCCUUCUUCGAGUAUGCCUGGGAAUUCUGCAGGCUCGCCGCGGCGACGGCAUUGGAUGACUCCCCCAUCAAUUCGCUGUUCUGGCUCUGGGCCAACUACCAUUGCCCCAUGGACCUCCCAGACACCACGGGACUAUAUUUGAUUGUGUAUUUGUCUUUUUUAUUAGUGGUGAAGCCAUUGGUAGUGGAGGACACGUAUCUGCUCUGUCCAGCUCCUGUUCUUCGAGAGGAGGGAACGGCAGCCUCCCUUUACGUUAGCAUGAAUGAAGGGCUGAGUUUUAUCUCUAGUUCUGUUACUAUCACCACUGUAAGCUGUUCUGAUGGUACGAUCUUGGCCAUAGCACUACUGAUAGUGAUGCUACUGCUGAUUCUGGCUCUCCUCUGGUGGUUUUGGCCUCUCUGCUGCACUGUGAUUAUCCAUGAACCUCCACCACCAGUAGUGGAAGAUAGUUCGGAUGAUGAAGAGGAUGGAACUCCAAAGAAGAAGUGGCCCACAGUCGAUGCGUCUUACUAUGGAGGAAGAGGAGUUGGAGGCAUUAAAAGAAUGGAGGUUCGCUGGGGUGAGAAAGGUUCGACCGAGGAGGGUGCUAAACUGGAGAAGGCAAAGAAUGCGAGGGUGAAGAUGCCUGAGCAAGAGUUUGAAGCUCCUCCUGCUCGCAUCCUAAAUAAUGGCAUGCGGAAACCUCCAGGCCCUCGUAAAUGGUACUCGCCCAUUAAGGGAAAACUGGAUGCAUUGUGGGUACUUCUGAAGAAAGGGUAUGACAGAGUGUCCAUCAUGCGACCACAACCUGGAGACAAGGGUCGCUGUAUGAACUUCACUCGCAUCAAGUCUAGUCCUCCUCCACGCUAUCCAUCCUACAACCACCAUUCUUCACCUAUCUACACCCCUCCAUGCACCCUCAGCCCGCCCCCUCCUCAGGGCCAGCUGCCCCCUCCUCCACACAGUCCACCUGCCUCUCUGUCCUCCGGCUUUCCCCCGGCACCUUCUACGCCCCCACCUCAUGCCAUCAACCCUUCUCCACCCAUUACUCCUCCUCCAUCCUAUUCUCCGCCCCCCAUCUGGUCUUCGUCUCCUAACACUCUCUACUUUUCUCCGCCCACAUCUCUUCCACCAUCCCCUCCUGCCUCGCUGCCCCCACCCCCUCAAGCCCCGCCUCCAGAAAGAGCUCCUCCUCCAGAUCGCCCACCUCCUCGGCCUUGUGUGUAAUGCGGCACAUCUGAGUGGACUACUGAGGACUGGAAGUAAACAGGAAAUAUAAAUGUUCCAUAUCCUCCUCAAAAUUCCGUUGCUGUGUGGCCUAACGCAAUAAAACUCGAUACAAAGACUCACCUGUGGCAUCAAGGGCAUUUGCUCCUCUGAUAGAACAAUGAAAUGGAACACAAGCCACCAUGAAACUCUGCAGAGAGCAACACUCAGAAUCACACACACCAGGCAUCGCAAAGAAAUGGAAAAUUCACCUACAGAGCUUCUCAGCAGGCGCCAUUUGUGAGUUUAACCAAGCUUUGAGAAUGGAAGUGGCUGGUUCCAUUAAUGGAUUCAUGGAUGUUUCACAAUUGUAUGCACAUGGGACCAUCUCAUGAAGGAGAUUUCCAUAAAAGAGGAAAGAGGAGUAACUUUUUGGGAGCUUUCUCAUUCAAAGCGAUUGAGAAAAUAUAUGCACGUUUUUGACAAGCGUCACCAUAUACAGGUCAUCUUUAUUAAGUGGCAAAAACUAAACAUUGGGUCUCAUUUACUAAACAUUGCAUGGGUUUAUACACACUUAUACAGACAGAAAAAAAAUGUAACCAUGCACAUGAAUUGGUUUUUAACUUUCUAAUGUGGAAAGACCGCAUACCCUUGGUUACUAAUUUGCAUAAACACACCAAUCUCUAUAUAAGGGUUUGAUGUAGAAUAGAGCACAACAGUUGGGUUCUGGAAGAAAAACAGCAUUCAUUACCAAUGUUUCCAUCCACCUACUUUUAUGUGCAUUAUCGGCAAAAAACAAACAAACAAAACAAAAUUCUGAAUGGAAAUGCCAAGAUAUGCCUAAAUUCUAAAAUGCACAUAAAAAACCUAUGAGCUCAACUAAAUCGGAUAAAUUUUUUUUCUAAUAAGAAAACAUGCACAUAAAUUAUGAUGGAAACACAUUUACAAAAUUAAUUCUGUAAUGCACAUCAAAAAUGACAUGCAAUGACAACUGGAUUGAAACUCACUUUAUUCGCGAAUGUUUUAGGUGAUAUUCCAAUUUUGCACAUAAGUUAAAUUCACAACUUUGUAUGGAAACUUGUGCUGUCGAACAAUUAAUCGCGAUU